GUUGGAGCUACGCCGAGUUCAGUGAGCUCGAUGGACUUGGCGAAGACGAGGUGACCUUUAACGUCCUUCUGCGUGCCCGCGGUCGGGCGCCACAGAUUGCCGUGCCGCUGGUCAACACUGAAGUUUCCGAGGGCAAGGAUGCCGUCCUCACCUGUGUACUCACACCGUCCUACCGCCCAGGCAGAACUGGAGACCAGACGAGUCUCACUGAUGUCAAAGUUGUCUGGGCAGUAAAUGGUCGCGAGAUUGAUCUGCACAGUGUUGGCCGGUUGGGUAGUAAGUACUCAGCCGAGUUCGACACUAGCACAGGCGAAGCCACUCUUCGCGUGCGCAGCACGAGCGUCUAUGAUUCAGGGACCUACUCUGUUACCUUCUACGGUCGGUUCGGCAUAGUCAACGACUCCGCCAAUCUACGCGUUCUUGCUGGACCCACAGUCAGACGAUCAUCUCGUGAUACUGCGCUUGCAAUGACUGCAGAAAUUGGCGCUCGCAUCACUCGGCCGCUGGUUGAUCAUACAAUCGUUGCUGGUGAACUACUGAAAUUCCAGAUCCGAGCUGAACAGAAGAUCGGGUCCUCAGUGCCUCGCUUCGUAGUCGAGCUGAGCAAUAGCACGGUCGUCGAAGGAGGUUCUCUCACCCUGGAAGCACAGGUUGAGGGCUUCCCCGAACCGCAAAUCCGCUGGUUCAAGGAUGGCAAACUGUUGGUCACUGUUGGCCGCCUAAUGACCCAAACCAUGGAAACAACCAUUCCAAACCGUCUCAAGUGUCAACUUUCCAUUGAUGAGUGCACUGCUGAGGACAGUGGGGCGUACGUCUGCGCUGCGACCAGUGCCUCUGGUACUGCUAUAACCGAGGCGGUAGUCAGCGUGAAA